AUGGCAUCGCAAGAACCCAGACCUAUGCCUGGGAAGAAAACCCCAGGGGCACCUAGCAAUCCCAUGAAAAAGGAACAACCUUCUCAAGAUGCUCUACCAGACCGGACAAAGCCAGAUUUGAAGUCGCCUAAAUCUGCAACUCUUGUGCGGAAGGCAGCCGCUGGUGCGAAACCCAACGGCACUCCUACAAAGCCGUCCAAGCCUCCAAGUAUGAAGAAACUGUCUCCGGAAUCCUCUUCAAAGGCUUCAGACAAGGUAAAACAAGGUAGUGCCUCAGCAAAGUCAGCAAAGCCACCAAAGCCACCAAAGCCACCAAAGCCAGCCGCCAAGUUCCCUCCUCCCCAAGAGACCGAGGCGGAUGGUGGUGUACAGAUUGAAGACCCGGAUAUUCCGAGAGAGUUAAUUGAGUUGGUCGACAAUGACGAAGUCCCAAGCGAGGAGCAAACUUCAGUGAACGGAGAGCAGAGAGAACUUGCAGCGAAGGAGCCUCUGCAGGCUUCUGGAUCGGAAGGAAAAUCAUAUUUCCAACGCAGUAAAGACGCUGCAUCGGGCCUUGCAAAUUUUGCAAAUAAGGCCAAUAAGUUCCACUCUCAGCUGCCUGAGUCCGUUCAGAAAGAGGCAGCGAAUCGCGUGCAGUCUGGCAUACGCAAUAUCACGGACAUGGCCCGGCCAACUGUCGAUGAAGCAGAAGGCAAAGUGGAGGAGAUCACAGAGGAAGCUUUCAAUCUUCCAUCGGAUUUGUCUGUACUUUCUGGACUUGAGGUUGGUGAAGAUGGAAUGAUUCUCGAUGCCGACGGCAACGAAGUUGGUCGACUGGCCGAGGGCGAGGCGGAAGAUCUUGCUGGUCAAACCGUUGGCGAGAAUGGGGAAAUUCUUGACGAAGAUGGCGAUCUCAUUGGUCGUGUGGAGCUUCUCAGAAAGGAUCUGACAAGUAAAGCAGACGCACUUCCAGAUGGAGAUACUCUGGGCUUGAAAGAUCUCGCAAAUCUGCCUGUUGCGGAAGACGGGUCAGUGAAAGAUCAAUCUGGUCGAGUAUUGGGGAAGCUCGUCGAAGGAAAUGCCGAAGAGUUGGUCGGUUGGACCGUGGAUGAAAACGGCGAGGUACUUGAUUCGGAUGGUGAUUUAGUCGGUCGUGUUGAGAUUGUUUCUUCCGAUAAAGUUGGGGACCAGCUUGACCAGGCGAAAGAUUCACUAGGCGACUCGCUGCCGGGCCUGUCCAUUUUCAAGGACAGAACGAUCAACGACGAUGGCAAGGUACUCGACGAAGACGGUGGCAUUCUUGGGCAGGUUAAAGAAGGCCAAGAUCUGGAGUCUCUGGCCGGCCAAGUGCCCAAUGAGCAGGGGCAAAUUCUGGACGAGGAUGGGGAGGUUAUAGGAGAGGUCGAGGUAGUACCUGGGGAGAUUGCCGUAAAGGCAAUGCAAAAGCAGCAAGAAGCGGCGCAAGCGGUCGAGGGCGAUAUCUCUAUCCUUGAUGGUUUCCAGGUCAACGAAGAAGGGCAGAUUACUGAUUCAAAUGGCACCGUCCUCGGUGUUCUGGACAGUGGUGAUCCGUCGGAAACCGUCGGAAUGACUGUGAACAAAAAUGGUCUGAUUCUAGACGAUGAUGGCAAUAUUUUGGGCAAAGCUCGAUUGAAGGCGCAAGAAGCCAUCGAAGACCAGGAGAAAACCGCCGAGGAGACUGCUCAGGAACUCCCGCCCAUCUCCACGCUAGAGUGCUUGAAGUGCAACAAGAUGGGCAAAAUUGUCAACGAAGAGGGCAUUCCUGUUGGCGAACUUGUCGAGGGUGAUCCCAAAAAGCUCUCCCAGGCCGGUGUCGAGCUUGACGACCAAGGUCAAUUCUGGGACAACAGAGGGAAUGUCAUCGGCAUGGCCCAGACCAUUCCGGUAGAAGAGGAAGAAGACCGGGGCCCAUUUGCGGAUCUUGAGGAGCCUUUUGUCGCCAAGGAAGGCUGGGUCCAUGACGCAAAUGGAAAGGCGGUUGGACAAGUUGUCGAAGGUGAAAUUCAGAAACUCCUUGGACGGGCGGUUGAUGACGAUGGCGAUAUUCUUGACAAGCGCGGCAAUCUGCUGGGACGAGCAGAGCCCUGGGAGGAGCCGGAGCCGGAGCCGGAGGAGGAGGUCGACCUUUCAGAAUUGGAGGGCCUCACUCCUAACAAGCUAGGACACGUCAUGGGCCCGAACGGGGUACCUGUGGGACGUGUUAGCGAAGGUGACGCCAAGACACUGUCAGGUAGAAAGAUCGACGCUGAAGGCCAGAUAUGGGGGGAUAACGGGGAGGUCAUCGGACGAGUCACUCUAAUUCCUGAAGGCGAGCGCGAAGCUAUAACGCCAUUCGGCGACUUCGGAGAUCUAGUGGUUCGGAAGGACGGGUUUAUUGAGGAUGAAGCUGGCGAUAUUGUUGGCAAGAUCAUCGAAGGAGACCCUCAGAAAUUACAGGGCCUUCUUGUAGAUGACGACGGGGAUAUUCUCGACAAGCGAGGCAACGUGAAGGGACGGGCCGAACCCUAUACUCCACCAGAGGAAGAGGAAGAGGAGGAGGACCUGUCAGUUCUCGAAGGGAUGAAGGUCAACAAAUUAGGAAAUAUCGUGGAUGAAAAUGGAUCCGUGUGGGGACGCCUCACUUCUGGGAAUCCCAAGAAACUCGCGGGCAAACAAGUCGAUGCCGAAGGUCAACUCUGGAGUGAUGACGGAAAGGUGCUCGGUUCUGUCGAAUUGAUCCCUUCAUCGGAGCGAGAAGAGGCCGAAGGCAUCUUCUAUGGACUCGAUGGUCUGGUGGUCACCAAGGAUGGAACCGUCACGGACUCCACUGGCCAGGUUGUCGGCAGACUAGUUGAAGGAGAUGCCCUCCGGCUGAAAGGUCGUGCCGUCGACGAGGAUGGAGAAGUGAUCGAUAAACUUGGAAACGUCAUCGCUCGCGCAGAGCCAUGGACCCCCGAAGAAAAGCCGCGCGAUAUCAACCCGAUGAGUGGCCUGAAAGUCAACCGAGAGGGAGAAGUACGCGACGAAGAUGGCAACUUGAUCGGGAAACUCACCGAGGGCAAUCUGAAUUCACUGGCGGGUAAGACCGUCGAUGACAAUGGCUACAUCGUGGACAACGAUGGGAACAAAAUCGGCGAAUGCACCUUACUGGAACACUUGCCCGAGCCCGAACCUGAAGAGCCUGCUUUGUCCCCUGAGGAGAUUGAACAACAGGAAAAGGAAAAACACGACAGAGAACUGGCGAAGAAGAUGUCGUCGAUUGUGCAGCAGACACUGGAUUCCGUUGAACCUCUAUGCAAACAGAUCACCGAGCAUAUUGAAAGAGCCGACCGCACACCACGAGAUGAACUUGACGAGGAACAGCUGGUCAAGACAGUGAAGCCUAUCAUCGAAGACGCCGGAAACAUGAUGCAAGAAUGCAAAGGAGCCCUUCGCGCUCUUGACCCCGAUGGUCAAAUUGCAGCCUCGGCCAAAGCCCGAAGUGUAUCGCGCGAAGCAACAUCGGAAGAAUACCAGCUGGCCGAUCUUCUAAAGCAACUUUCGCAAACUAUCUCUACCACGAUUGAAAAUGGUCGUCGGCGUAUCGCAGAUAUGCCCCAUGCAAAGAAGAAGAUCAAUCCCCUGUGGUCCUUGCUCUCAGAGCCACUCUUCCAAAUCAUUGCGGCCGUUGGUCUACUUCUCAGUGGUGUUGUGGGUCUCCUGGGUAAUCUUCUCGAUGGUCUGGGCCUUGGAGGUCUCGUUCGGGGGCUUCUUGGGGGUCUAGGUAUUGAUAACCUGCUCGGCGGUCUAGGUCUGGGCAACAUUGGUAAGUCUAGUUGA